UCUUUCAUAUAGUGUCAAGGGUUUUCACCUUUCCCCAUUCCCGACUUCUUAGUCCGCAUGGGUGGUGGCACUGUCCUUGCCUUCUUCGUCCUCUCCCUUUCUAUCCUUUCUGCUACAGCAUGUGAUCGGUGUGUGCAUCAUUCCAAGGCAGCCUACUCCCCCUCCGCUUCUGCCCUCUCUGUCGGAGCCUGUGGCUAUGGCUCCAUGGCUUUGAGCUUCAAUGGAGGUUACAUUGCAGCUGGGAGCUCUGCCCUCCACAGAGAGGGUUUUGGCUGUGGAGCUUGUUUCCAGGUAAGAUGCAAGAACAGAAGACUCUGUAGCACCGGAGGCGUAAGGGUGAUCCUGACCGACCUCAGCAAGAGCAACACCACGGAUCUUGUGUUGAGUCCCCGAGCCUUCACCGCCAUGGCACGAGAUGGCACGGCGCAGGAGCUCAAGAGACUUGGCAUUCUGGAUGUGGAAUACAAGAGGAUCCCGUGCGAGUAUAAGAAGCAGAACCUAUCGAUCAGAGUGGAAGAGAGCAGCAGAAGACCCGAUCAGCUGGUCAUCAAGUUCCUCUACCAGGGAGGCCAGACCGAUAUCGUGGCGGUCGACGUAGCCCAGGUCGGAUCGUGGAAUUGGCGGUUCAUGAGCCGGGAAUACGGUCCAGUAUGGAGCACGAGGCGGGCGCCGGCCGGGGCGCUGCAGUUCCGGAUGGUGGUGACGGGCGGCUACGACGGCAAGUGGGUGUGGGCCGAGAAGGCGGUCCUCCCGGCCGAGUGGAAGACCGGUUCGAUCUAUGAAUUGGGGGUUCAGCUCACUGACAUUGCUCAAGAGGGCUGCUACCCCUGUGACACUCGAGAAUGGAAGUGAGGCAAGCAAGCCUGUGUCCUACAAGAAACAGGUGAAGAGUAGCCUAACCUAUUGGGGAAUGGGGAUAUUCCUUCAGACAUGUGAUGGUGGUUUGGUGUCAAGACGAAGAAGAAGGUGCCAAGAUUGCUCACAAGAAAAUGACUUGCCACCUGCUGGUCUAUUGCUGAUUCCUUUUCAGUCUUCAAGCUGCAACUUUGUUCCUAAUUUAGAUGCUUACUUCAUCAGAUGUGGGUACUAUUAGACAUUUGAGAUGUUAGUGGUGGGUUAGCUUGGGAGCCUUCGCACAUGAUUCUUGGACA